GAGUUCUCUUUUUUUAUUAUUUCUACUUUUGACAGAUGAAAUACACCGAGCAGAUUUGCUGUACAGAAAUGUUUACAUGGACAGCGCUAUCUCUGUCAAUACCGUCCAGAAUUCCAUAUUUACUAAGCAAUUAAUCCCAAAGAACGGAUUCCACACCCCUCCCCCGAACUUGCCCAGCUGCUUGGUACAAACAUUUUUCUCUGUAUGAAGAUCUGUGAAUGAAGUCACUUUGCCCAAUGCUUGGUCGUUUGUUAGAACUUUUCAUUUUUAGUUAAUCAGAUCUCCAGUCAACAUCCCACACUAUUUCCAGUAUUGUUCCGAUUCUGCAGAUUUUUAGAUCUUCCAAAUCUGCGAUUAUUUGGAGCAAUUGCCAAACUCCAGCUUUAGACAUGGGGAUUAGUGCUGCUGGUCGAUUCUUUAAAAUGACAUGACGCCUUGAGUUAUCUUGACUGUCUCCAUGUAUAAGAAAACUGUGAAUUAAAACCAUGCUGUUCUUCUGGGGGCUGCUGUUAUUCACCUUGUUUCCGGUUGCAAUGGAGAGGGGCAGUACCAGUCGUAUCAAAAAACACCACCAGCAGCCCAGAUCUCAGGAUAUCAAGCAGAAAAGUAGACCAGAAAGUAAAAGAUCUGAUUUAACCAAAACACACCUGACAAAAUCUGAACAACUCCUUAGAAUAGAGGACCACGAUUUUGCAAUGAGACCCGGAUUUGGAGGGCCGGCAGUAUCUGUUGGUAUAGAUGUGCAGGUUGAAAGCAUUGACAGCAUUUCUGAAGUUGAUAUGGACUUUACAAUGACUUUGUACCUAAGACACUACUGGAAAGAUAGCAGACUCGCUUUCCCAAGUUCCAACAACAGAAGUAUGACAUUUGAUGGAAGAUUAGUCAAGAAAAUUUGGGUUCCAGAUGUGUUUUUUGUUCACUCCAAAAGUUCUUUCAUACAUGACACAACAAUGGAGAACAUCAUGCUAAGGGUAUAUCCAGAUGGCAACAUCCUGUACAGUUUAAGGACUACGGUCACUGCCAUGUGUUCAAUGGAUUUUAGCAGCUUUCCCCUUGAUACUCAGAACUGCUCACUGGAACUUGAAAGUUAUGCUUACAAUGAAAAAGAUCUAAUGCUCCAUUGGAGGAAUGAAAAGGAACCACUGAAAACAGAUGAACAGAUCUUACUGGCUCAGUUUUUUAUCCAAGAAUUCCGUGCAUCAAGUGGACUUGCAUUUUAUAGCAGUACUGGUUGGUACAACAGAUUGUUUAUUAAUUUCAUCCUGAGGAGACACAUUUUCUUUUUUCUUUUACAAACCUACUUUCCAACCAUGUUAAUGGUCAUGUUAUCUUGGGUUUCUUUCUGGAUUGACAGAAGAGCAGUCCCAGCUCGGGUUUCACUGGGAAUAACGAUUGUUUUAACUAUGUCAACGAUUAUAACUGGAGUGAAUGCAUCAAUGCCUCGAGUCUCUUACGUUAAAGCUGUGGAUAUCUACCUCUGGGUCAGCUUUCUCUUUGUCUUCCUUUCUAUAAUUGAAUAUGCAGCUGUAAACUAUCUAACCACCAUCGAAGAAAGGAAAAAGAUGAAACAGAGAGAGAAGUUUUCAGAUUCCUUUAGGUUGAAUCAGACACAAACAAUGGCUUUUGAUGGCUGCUAUCAUGAUAGUCAGCUGGAUGUGUCAGACUAUGGUGAAGCUCGUUUAAGCGUAGCAAAUACUGAAGCCAGAGAACGUGUAUCCUGUUCAAAUCCGGAUGGUCAACAGUUGAGAAGAAAGAAAUCUAUUAAGGGGAACGUCACUGCAGUUAUGAUAAAAAACAAUCAUGUUAUUGAUACUUACUCGAGGAUUUUAUUUCCUACAGCAUUUAUUCUUUUUAAUUUUAUUUAUUGGUGCUUAUUUUCAUAAAUGUUGGUCAUUCCCAAUCAUUCUAAUAUUUUUUAAUUUAGGGGAGAUGAUGGUUUAGUGGUAAUCUAUCACUGGACUAGUAUUCCAGAAAGCCUAGGCUUAUAAACCAGGACUGUGGGUUCAAAUCCCACCAUGGUAACUGGUGGAAUUUCAAUUCAAUCAAUAAAAAAGCCUUGGAUGUAAAGCUAGUCUCAGUAAUGUUGACUAUGAUGGCUAUCAUUAAUUAUUGUUAAAAAUCUGUUUGGUUCUGUAACACCCUUUAGGAAAAAUCUGCUGUCCUUACCUUGUCGGGUCUGCAGUAUAUGUAAUUAACUUUUAACUGACCUCUGAAAUGGUCUACCAAAGUAUUUCUAUUCAAUGUCAAAUAGGAUUGAAUUAAAAUGCUGGCCUUAUCAGAGUGACCCAUUUUCUCUGAAAGAAUAUGGAAAAAAAGAUGGUGAGCCCUAAAAUUUCGGUCAUGUAAUAUCCAUUUUUUUAGGUGCUGCACUAAUCUCUUAAGGCUGGACAGCCAUUGACUGUUAUCUUGAACUUAUGAUGGAUUUCAUUGACAGGUAGUAACAGUUGAUUGACACUGACACUGUAUUUUAACUGAGUUUAGGGAGAUUUCAUAAUUUAAUGGAUACUGACACAAUUUUGUAUUUUCUUUUGUAAGAUUGCAUUCUCAAAAAUACUUGACCUUGAAUAUUACAGGAUACAAUGAAAAUAAAGCAUCAACAAAUGCACAAAACUUGGAUGCAUAUUGGAGUACAAGUGAAACAGCCAAUUUAAACCUUACUAAUUUUUAAAUCUAAUAAGUAAAAUGCUGACAUCCUCAUACUGGGGACAUAAAACUGAAUCUAAUUUCAGCCUGAACUGUAUUGUAUAGUGUAUA